AUGAUUGGUCCGCUUCGUUCUUUCUUUAUUUUUUUUUCUUUCAGGCUCUCCCUCUAUUUUCUUUCUUUCUUUCUUUCUUUCUUUCUUUCUUUCUGUCUUCGUUCUUUCUUUCUUUCUUUCUUUCUUUCUUUUCCACCUACCAGAUCGGCCCGUCUUUCCUUCCUAAAUGAUGAACUUCUUUCUAUCGUUCUUUCUUUCUUUCUUUUUUCUUUCUUUCUUUCUUUCUUUCUUUCUUUCUUUCAUUCUUUCUUUCUUUCUUUCUUUUCCACCUACCAGAUCGGCCCAUCGGCCCGUCUUUCCUUCCUAAAUGAUGAACUUCUUUCUAUCCUUCUUUCUUUCCUUCUUUCUUUCUUUCUUUCUUUCUUUUCCACCUACCGGAUCGGUCCAUCGGUCCGUCUUUUCUUCCUAAAUGAUGAACUAAUUUUCUUUCUUUCUUUUUUCUUUUCUUUCUUUCUUUCUUUCUUUCCUCGUUCUUUCUUUCUUUUUCCACCUACCAGAUCGGUCCGUCUUUCCUUCCUAAAUGAUGAACUACUUUCUUUCUUUCUUUAUUUUUCUUUCUUUUUUCCUUCUUUUUGGUCUUUCUUUCUUUCUUUUCUUUCCUCAUCGGCCCGUCUUUCCUUCCUAAAUGAUGAACUUCUUUCUUCCUUCUUUUUUCCUUCUUUUUCUUUUUUUUUUUCUUUCUUUCUUUCUUUCUUUCUCGUUUUUUCUUUCUUUCCACCUACCAGAUCGGCCCGUCUUUCCUUCCUAAAUGAUGAACAUCUUUCUUUCCUUCUUUUCUUUCCUUUUUUUUUUCUUCUUUCUUUCUUUCUUUCUUUUCUCAUCGGUUCGUCUUUCUUCCUAAAUGACGAACUUUUCUUUCUUUCUUUUCUUUUCUUUCUUUCUUUCUUUCUUUUCUUUUUUUCUUUCCACCUACCAGAUCGGCCCGUCUUUUCCUUCCUAAAUGAUGAACUUCUUUCUAUCCUUCUUUCUUUCUUUCUUUCUUUCUUUCUUUCUUUCUUUCUUUUCCACCUACCAGAUCGGCCUGUCUUCCCUUCCUAA